AAAAUGGGUGGCCAUUCAGCUCAUCCUGUCUAGUCUGACAUUCUUAACAUCCAGCAGAUGCUUGGAUUUGAAUUUCGAGCUUCCAUCUUAGAGGCACGGUGAUACCUGUGACACAAGACAUGUCAGAAUCCCCAGGGCAGGGUUUGCAACCGGGUGCUGAAGGUAGACCUCUGCACCUUUCUGCUGCCCCGCUUUGUGUCUGUGUUUCAAGAACUUUUCAGUUCUCCCUUUGCGCCUUCUCCCUAAAAAAAAAUACAAAAUAAAUGUUUGUCAUGCCCCGGAAGUGUUGCUGCAGCCGGCGAGUUGAAUGAGGAAGAUGGCAGAGUCGGAAGAGGAGGUGGACGUUUUGGUUCAAAGGGUUGUCAAAGACAUCGCCAACGCGUUCAGGAGGAACCCCAACAUUGAUGAAAUUGGAUUGAUUCCAUGUCUUGAAGCCCGGUACAAUCGGAGUCCUAUAGUUUUUGUUGAAAAUAAGCUUGGUGUGGAAAGCUGGUGUGUUAAGCUCCUUCUACCCUGUGUCCAUAGCAAACUUGUUCUCUAUAGGCAACGAAAGCUGUGGUUAGACAGAGAUGCACUGACUGAUCUCACUUGUACUCUGCUGCUUCUAAAUCCAGACUUCACAACUGCCUGGAAUGUCAGAAAGGAACUGGUGCAGUUGGGAGCUUUAGAUCCAUUUAAGGAUUUGUAUCUCGGAAAAUUGGCCUUAACAAAGUUCCCUAAAAGUCCAGAAACUUGGAUUCACAGGCGUUGGGUAUAUCAGAAGGUUGUUCAAGAAGCCUGUCUUCCCAAUUUGAGGAAUAACGCCAACCUGGGAGUUCUGUCAACUGAACAAAUGCAUCGAAUAAUCCAGGAUGAGAUGGCAGUCUGCACUGAUGCUGCUGGCAGGUACCCAAGCAAUUACAAUGCCUGGUCCCAUCGCAUUUGGAUCCUUCAGCAUGUAGCAAAGUGCAAUCUUAAGAUCCUCCUUGACGAAUUGUCCAACACCAAGUACUGGGUGUCCACCCAUGUCUCUGACCACAGCGGUUUCCAUUAUCGCCAGUUCCUGCUGAAGUCUGUGGCGGGCAGUUCGAGAAAUGCAGCCAUUGCAAACGCUGGGGGUCUUGCGAGGAAGUCCUCAAGUAAAGACCUUUGUGCCAGUCAGUCCACACCUGUGAAGGAGGAGGGCGCGUCAGCAGAGACGUACACCGUAGACGUGCCCCUCAUGAUUGAAGAGGAAAUGGAGCUUUGCACUGACCUCAUUGAGUCAUACCCAGGCCACGAAGCUCUGUGGUGUCACAGGAGGUGUGUUUUCUACCUUUGGCAUUGCUGGAACAGAGAGCGUCUUCAGGUCCUGUCUGAUCCCAACAAGAGGAGCGAUGGAACAGUGGACAAUGUUCAGAUGGCCACUUCGGACAGUUACUCCUUUCAAGGCAUGGAUGUUGAUGGUGUGGCUGACACAGCCAAGCAAGGCUAUACGCAGGAAACCAAGCGCCUCAAACGUGGCCCUUCACUAGACUUGAACAGCUUGCUGGAAGAACACCGAUUCAUUGAUACAAUCCUAGCCAAUUGCACUAAUAUAGAGCAAGCCAGAUUUGCUAGUGCUUACAGAAAGUGGUUAGACAUAGCUAUAGGUCAGUAGUUGAGUCUAAUUCAGAUGUUUUUAAAUUGGUCUUAAAUCCCAUUCCCUAACACAAACACUCACUCACAUUAUUCUGGUUUAAGCAGCUAUGUUGCAUGGCACCUUUUUUAAAGGCAACAUUCAUACUUUGUGUUCAAUUUAAAGGGUGUACUCACUGGAACUUUUUUUUAAUAAAGCUAUGUUUUAUGGAGGUUUGUUCAACAGAAGUGAACUUGCAAAUUGAAAUGUUACACAUUUUCAAAUCUCAAUGUUAGAGAGGGACUUCUCACUUUAAGUAUGGAAAUAUGUCUAACUUUGUGCAUUACCCAUUUUUAUCUCUAUGCUUAAGUGAUUAAUCAAAUGGCUUUUUCUUGGUAAAUGUAACUGUGAAAAUUGGUUAUUUUCCACACCUCCCAAGCAAGAAAUCAGACUUGGCAAUUUUUUGUUUUUUUUGGUUUGGUUUAAUCCCAUCUGAAUAUAUGAAGGUUUAGUUAACUCAUCACCGUUCUAUUUACAUACGUAAUAAAGAAUGGUUCUUGUUCAGGAGUUGAUUUUGGAUAAUGAAAUAAGUAGGCAACAUGUGACUCAACUACAAACCCAACUCCCUUGCUGAAUUCAAUGCCUAACUUGCAUUGUGAACAGUCUCAACUGAAAAUUGUUGGGCAAUCUGGAUAGAGUAUUGGCUAUGUAACUGACAACAUAGCAUUUGGAUAUAUGGGUCUUUUUUUCCAGUUGAGAAACUAUGACUAGUCAGAUCAUACAAGCACUUGAGUAUCUGAUUUACAGUCUGUAUCAAUGACUUGAAUGAAAGAAGUGAGCAUACCGAAGCCAGUCUCGGGGUUGGUACAAAAGUUGGGCAGGCAAGCAAAUUGUGGAGGACGGAAGAGUUUGCGAUGUGAUAUAGAUCGGAUAAGUGAAUGAGCAAAUACUUGGUAGGAGGAAUAUUAAUGGAGGUUCUCUUAUUGGAAUAUUUGAUGGAAUUCUCAACCCAGGGAGAGAUGUAGAGAUUAGGGCCUGGAAGAUAUUCAAGGCUGAAUUGUCAGAUUUAUAACCUGUAAGGAAGAUGGGUUUUAUGGGACAUAGGCAAGAAGGAAUAUCUGAGAUGGAGAUCAAGUCUUAUUGAAUGGCGGAGCAUUUGAGAGACCAUAUGCUCUACCAUUUUGUGUUUUCUAUUUCUUUCCUCUUUUAAUCCUACACAGAUGUGACUUUUUAAACACUAAGUCAGGUCAGCAUGUUGAAUGUUGAGAUUUGGAGGGGGUGGGGGGGGGAGAAAACUAAUCUAUCCAGGUAAUCUGUUGCUGCAGCAGUCCAGUGAACAGUAAGUGCCUCAUUAUAGAACAGUAUGGUGCUCGUGUUGGAUCCAUUAUACGUGGCAUCUAAGUCUCCAAUUUCAUUCUUCUUUUCUCCCCUGUUCAGCACACCUUUGCUAAUGCCUGUAAAGCUGAUAUAUCUGGUCUUGUUCAAAGCGGGACUCAAUCAAAUAUGGCAAGGAUUGAAAAGAAAAGCUAUUAUUGAAUAAAGGGUUGCAGUUUGCUGAUGCUUUAGCUGCAGGGCAGAAAUUCAAGGGGACUAAGGUGUAGAGAGUCUGCCCUCUCCCCUCUCUUCUUCUAGCUCCCUCCCCCUGACUUGAAAUUCAGUGAUAAACUGACAGACACAGCACCUCAGGACUGCAGCUAGAUCCCUGGACCCAUGUCAGUUGCUGUAUAUUGUGUGUGUGUGUGGUUCCCUCCCUGCAAAGGGCAGCCUCCACAAAUAAUAGCCCCUUUCUUCCAGCCACUUUAUAAACUUUCCAAAACACGGGCUUCCCAUCUCUGCCCGUGUCUUAUUUGCACAACCAUAUUAUGGUAUUGGUAAAGUAACAUUGGGAUCAGUUUGAGUUCUUCGCAACCUCCAUUAUUUACUUAUUUGUGUGUGGUCGACUUUAGGUUCCCAUCUGGUUUUAUGGUGUUGCGCCUGGAGUUGUUGGCACUGUUGUUGUGAGCUGGGUACUCCCAAAGCUAUUUUACAUAUCCCCCUCCCCACCCCCAUCAAAAUCAAACCAACAGGGCCAUGUAAUAUCCGAUGUGGUCUUUUUGUCGUCAUCCUUCCAAGUGGGACACAUCCCAACCAAUGAAACGGGAAAACAAGCAAUCACUUGUAGUGUACGGAUCCAGUUUAAUGAGCUUAAAGCACAAUCUUAAAGGAACCGUGUUAUCUACAAUUUUCCCUCCUGUCCAUUAAAAUCUAAGUGCAGCAGAAUUAGAGUGAAACAGCAGGGAGGGGGAGGCCAUUCUCCUGCCAUAACUGUCCUGUGCUUUUGAAGAAACCAUCCACUUAGUCCCAUUCUACUUUUCCCCAUUGCCCUGAUAAACACUUGAAGGAGGAAAAAAGACAAUUCCCCUGUGAAUUUUCUUUGAAUCUACUUUCAUUACCCUUCCUGACUAUGCAGUCUAGGGCAUCAAAAUUGUAACCUGUAUGGAAAGAGAACUUCCCUCAUAUCCCUCUCUUUUCUGUUUACAUUCGACUCCUAAUUUGACCAGUGACAUCUCCAUUACUAAUAUUAAAUAUGUUUGUUCUCCUAAACGUUUUAAAGUUUGUUGAGUUUUGUUUCAACUUGUACAUUAAACGCAAAGCUCACUCUCACAAGAGUGCUAAAUACAAACUCCGAUUUCAAAUUCUUUCAAAGGAGACAGGUUCUUCCAACAGCAGAUGUUAUUUUGCGCCAUUUAUAAUAUAAGAAUAUAGUUGUAGCUUGUGUCUUGUACAAAACCAUCCUCCCAUCGUUUUUUUAUUCAUAUUAGCAGGUCAUUUCAGUGAACAAGUAUGGUUUUAGUUUGAACAUGAGCAAAUACAAUUCCCUGACGAUGUAACUGCUUAUGAGAUUGAUUCUCACUUUGCUUUCUCUGUCCUGUGAAAACAAUAUACCAUAGCCUAGUUCCAAUAACACGUAGCCUUAUUGUUUAAAUCAUUGGAAUUAUUGUGCUGUGAAGUAAAUUGUCUUUAUCUUGAGUGUUGCUGAAAAAAGACAUUUGCUGAGGCUUUUUGUAAUAUAGUUGUUGACAGUUCUCAAGAAAUAUUAAAGGGGAAAUGCCAUACUGUAUGAAAGGAGAGUACCGAUUGUUGGUAAGUGAUUUCUAGUAGAGGCAUUACCCUAGAGAAUGUACUAGUUAAAUGAUGACUGUCAGAACCCACCAUUCCUAGCUUAAACUCAAAACUGUGUCCAACAUUAGAUGUGAUUCCAUGAGUGGAUAACAAUUAAUAAAUACUCCUGUCGGUGUGAAGAUUUUGCUGAAACUAAUAUAGGAUUGUCAUUUGAGCAUGCAGUGUGAUGCACUUGUGUGUACUGGAAGCUACACAAAUUAAAAUACAGGAUUUUGUACUUAUUGUUGGAAAGAACAUGUAAUAUGUACAUCAGUUUCAAUACUCUGACAAUUAUGUGACAGCUUUCUAUGGUUCGUUGAACAAGGUGUUGCCCUGAGAAAUCAGACAACCUGCCUGAUUUAAAAUUUCAGUAAAGCUUGGUAAUUAACUGCCAGUCAUCAUCAAACUUGCGUUCACCUUGGCACUAUCCUUACCAAUCAGAUUCCACUUAACAACUGAUCAUGCUUCUCUCACACAGUAUGAGCAUUGUUUCCAUCACCUUGUUGCUUCUUACAAACUGUCCUAAUAAAUAAAGUUGAAAACCUUAAAAAAAAAAGUAUUUUCAGCAGUACUCAAGUUCAUAACCCUUUUGGACUAUAGCUAUCCAGAUGUUAGGAUUACUAACAGGACGGUUGAACAUAAAGAUGUGUGGAUUAAAUUAGUGUGGUGCACUUUAAAGUUAGUCCAAUUUACAAAUUUGCUUUGUUUUAAAUUGUAAUUGUACAGUUUAUUUUACAAUACAACACAAGUACGAGAAAUGGGAACAAGAAUAGAUCAUGCAGUUUGUCAAGCCUGCUCUGUCAUUUAGAAUGAUUGUGACUGAUGUGAGCUUUGACUCACUUUCCCACUGAUUCCCCAUAACUACCAUUGAAGAAAAAUCCCUCUAUCCCAACCUCGCAUUCAAUCUUUGACAAAGCAUUCCCAAAAGCUAAUAUAGAGACUUUCAAGCGUUCCUACUGCGCUGAAAGAAUUAAUUUCUCCUUUUUAUAUCAGUCCUGAAUAGUUGCCCCCUUUCCCUGGGACUGUAUCCCUGUGUUUUAGAUUCCUGACCAGCCAAGUUACCUCUAUGCUGCAUCCUUUUCAGAAUCUUGUAUGCUUCAAUAAGAGUGCUUCUUCUAGACUCCAGAGAUUACAGACUCAAAACAAAUGCAUAAUCUGAAGGUGGCCAUUAAAUUGUUUAUGUGAAAAGAGAAAGCAAAUGUUUAGGUUGACUCUGCGGAUGUUCUUCUGUCUCAAAAGUAGCAAGAAUAAAUUGUACAACACUGCAAGGUGCAUGAGUAGAAAGUGCUGGUGCAAUGACAGCAUCAUGACUGCUUCAGUGUCAUUGAAAUGUGACAUGGAUAAUAGAGUUCACAGCACUAACAUUGCACCCACUGAAAGUUCAACAUCGAUAUACUCAGCAUAUUUUUAGUACAGACACUAUCUUUGAUAUAUAACUUGAAUAUAGUGUGUAUAUGCUUUAAAAUAGAAAAUGCAUUAAUGCCAGACCAGUUAAGUGUUUCCAGCAUUUACCCUUUUAUAUAUUUCAGGUUUCCAGCAGUAUUUUGCUUUUGUAGUAAUUUUUGUUUGUGACCCUUCUAUAGGAUUACUACUUGAAACACAACUCUACAGCAAAUUAAUCUUCCCCCAAAAAAUGUUUUCAGGGAACAUUUUCUUACAAAUAUCAUCUGUUCUGCACAUCUGUAGGAAUAUCUAAAUGGAUUGUUUUAAAGUUGCCCUCACGUUUGACUUUCUUUAAUUUCUGUAAGAUAUUGUGAGCCAUGUGUGGUCCCUCUGUGUGCAAUUUCUGAAGACAUACUAAAAUGGUAAAAUUGUUUUUGUUUGUACAGAUCUUUAAGAUAAUAAAGAAGCAAUAUUGAAAUAAAUCUCACUUUAGUACUGUAACAAAAUUGGUAACUGAUCUUGGCAGCUUUAUGGCAUUAAGUUGUGCAUUAUAUAGUCACACAGUUAUUGCUGGAUAAUGAUGCGCAUUAUUUUGCCUGUUGAAAGAUGGCAGAUUUGUCUUUCAUUGGAAUUUAUAUUUGAGUGGGCUUUCCACAGUGCCAGUUGUAUUGAAAAGUUAAUUCUAAGGUUGAUGCACGCCUAUUAGUGAAUUUAAUUGCUUUUUCAACUUCUGCUAACUUUCAAAGAGUUGUGUAUUUCUUUUAUGGCCUUCCUGCAAAUAUCAGUGCUCUUAUCCAUGUGGGUAACUCCUACAGGGCUAGGGAAGCGGGCAAACUAGGAAGAGUGGCCAAAUAUAGUUUGGAUCCUUUUACAUAAAGAGGAAGAGGGAUGUUUAUAGUUAAAUUAGCGCAGAUUGUUUGAAGCAGGUAUUCUGGUUCUAGGGACUAAAACAAAUUACUGAAAACAUUCUGCAGGUAAGGCAGGAUCUGUGGAGAGAGAAACAACAUUAAUAAUGUUGUUGAUAAUUUUCAUGUUAGAACUUAAGAGGUUGGAUGUAACCGGUUUUAAGGUUAAGAGUGAAUAAAAGGUGUUAAAGAACAAAAGGCCUUGGUAAAUAUCAUCUAAAAUGUAAGUUUGGAUGACAGGAGAUAUUAAUUGAGAGAAAGAAUGGUACUGCAAGGCAAAAAGGGAUGGUAAUGGGACAAAAAAAAAAUGAAAGACAGAACCAGAGGAGCUGCUUUCUCGAAUAAAAUGGAAGCAGAGGUUAUGAUUCAAAUGGAACCUGAUACUGAGGCUCAAGGCUAAAUGCUUGAUUGGAAGGUUAGCAUUAGUGUUGCCUGGGGACCAAUAGGAAAAAGGAUAUUGUAUUUUCCAUAAGAUACAAAGUUACAAAAAUGUAGUUUUCAUUCAAACCACUUUUUUGAACCUUGUUCAUACUUAGAACUUAACAAAUACAGUUAAUAGAGGAAAGGUUCAUGAAACCGUUUUGGAACAGUUGAAAGAAGAUGGUUUUAGAACUUAUUUUGGUGGUUUGCUGUUUGAAUAACUAAUUCAAGUCAAAGAAGAGAAAAUAGGAUCUUUAUUUUAAAUUAUCCAUUGGAGCAAAAGUUUCCAUUCUGACCUGUUUAGUUGUACCAACUUCAUACAAGAAAUCCUGGCAACUAAAUAGGUUCUCUGUAUGUUUUAGUAAUACUGCAUGCUAGCUGUGUUCCAGUACAUAAAGACAGAAAAUUCUGUAGAAACAGCCUCAAGACACAAUAGUCCUAUGCAAGAGGUUUUGUUCUAGCUAUCAUUGUGUUUGUGCCAUUGAGUAGCACAGAAUGCUAUUGUGCUGCUGUCAAAAUUAGUAUUGUUACAUGGCAAUGACAUUUGUUAUUUAUUAUUAGGUGUGUUUUAUACCUGUACACAGAUUUCAAAUCCAUAUUUGGAAAGUGAUGUAGUUAUUACGUUGGAUUGUAAAUUAACUUUCUAUUUAUUCUGUAGUGGAGAUGCUUUUAAUAAAAUGUUCUCUGUAUGAUUUA